CGCCGUGUCUCUUCGAUUCGUCCGUGGGCUGCUCUGCCAAUCUAAGGCUCUGUCACAAUAAUUCGAUUUCGUUCUCAGCUCAAACAUGUUAACUUGUCGGAUCUUGGGUUCCUUCAUUUUAGUUAUUUUUUGCGCGAUAUUGGCUGAACCCCGACCAGCAUCGCCCCAAUCGAAAAACCUACUCUACUCAGAGCCUGGAGUUUUAGCAGUAUACAUAAGACCUGGGGAUACACCUCUGAAAGAAAUCAAUGAAGAUCUUGCUGAGGCUUUUGAGUUUAAUGCCCUGAAACACGGUAGGCUCACUUUUGGGAGAGAAAUCAAUAAAUUACUCAAUAACAAAGAACUACUCAAUUCUCAUGAGUUAGCCGAAGGGGAAAGUUAUACUAUAAAGAAGAAGACUAUCGGAAGAAAUAAUGAUGAAGUUAAAGAAAACGAGUCUGAUAAAAGUACUCAUAUUCAAAGAAUACCUAAAUAUUAAAACUGCGAGUGAUAUUUUUUUAAAAUAGAAUAUUCUAUUUAUUUUUUUUGUAAAUAUAUUUUAUUCUCUGAAGC